AUGCGCGUUCAAGCUAGUGCACGCUCGCUGAGGCGACUUUCGGGAACAGCACGCUCAUUUGCAACCGCUCGAGCAGAGUCUCUUGCUCCCUGGAGAGGAACAAGCUACUCUGGGGGAAAGGUUGCAAAUUUCAUCGGUGGAGAGUUUACAGAGAGCAAAGCAACAUCAUGGAUUGAUGUUCAUGAUCCCUCUACGCAGACAUUGCUCUCCAAGGUACCAGAAACCACCAGCGAGGAAUUCGAGCAAGCCGUAUCUGCAGCAAGCGAAGCAUUCAAGACCUGGAGUCGCACAAGCGUGCUGACGCGACAGCGAUUCGCACUCGAAUUGCAACAUCAAAUCCGACAAAAUGCGGAUGCUCUGGCUACUUCUAUUGUAUUGGAGCAAGGAAAGACCCUUGGAGACGCUCAUGGCGAUGUCCUUCGAGGUCUUCAGGUGGUAGAAACCGCAUGUGGCAUUGCGUCAAAUCUUCUCGGUGAGAAAAUCGAGGUUACAAAAGAUAUGGACACGGAAACACGACGCCUGCCGCUGGGGGUUUGCGCGAGCAUCGCUCCGUUCAACUUCCCCGCCAUGAUACCACUAUGGACUAUUCCGUUGGCAGCAGUAACAGGCAAUACGCUCGUGCUGAAACCGAGUGAGAGAGAUCCCGGAGCUGCCAUGAUUAUUGCAGAGCUUUGCAAACGUGCAGGUCUGCCUCCUGGUGUCCUGAAUAUUGUUCAUGGAACUGUCCCAACCGUUAAUCGGAUCUGUGACCACCCCGACAUCAAGGCAAUCAGCUUCGUCGGUGGAGAUAAAGCCGGAAAGCACAUAUACGAGAGGGGACGUCAAACUGGGAAGCGUGUUCAAGCAAACCUCGGUGCCAAGAACCAUGCAGUGAUCAUGCCAGACGCUAACAAGAAUCUCGCCCUCAACUCCAUCGUCGGGGCCGCAUUCGGAGGCACGUCUGCCGGACAGCGAUGUAUGGCGCUGUCGGUUGCCAUCUUCGUCGGGGAAUCCAAGUCGUGGCUCCCCGAGCUGGUACAGCGCAGUCAAGGGCUUAAGGUCAACGGUGGUUUCGAGCCUGGUACAGACCUAGGUCCUCUGAUUUCGCCUCAUGCGAAGAAGCGCGUUUGCGACCUCAUCACGUCUGUGGAGCAUGAAGGCGGCAAAAUUCAUCUCGACGGACGGCAUCUCAAGUUGGAGGGUCAGUACAAAGACGGAAACUUCGUCGGUCCUACCAUUGUAGAGGCUGGAACAUCUAUGCGAGCUUACAAGGAAGAGAUCUUUGGGCCUGUGCUCGUGACGUUGACCGUACCUACGUUGGAUGAUGCCCUAGCCAUCAUUAACAGCAACAAGUACGGGAAUGGAACCGCAAUCUUUACUCAAUCGGGCGCGACCGCUCGCAAGUUUGAAAAUGAGGUCAACGUCGGCCAGAUCGGUAUCAAUGUCCCCAUUCCCGUCCCUCUUCCAAUGUUCUCAUGGUCCGGAAACAAGGCGAGCUUCCUUGGAGACGUCUCAUUCUACGGAAAGAACGGUUUAAAUUUCUACACCCAAAAUAAGACGAUCACAUCCCUCUGGAGAGCAGAGGAUGCCAUUGGUACAAAGGCGUCGGUCGACAUGCCUACUAUGCGAUAA